AUGCCGAGCGACACAACUCGUGUGUGCAUCUUUCCCCGCACGGUCGACCCGAAGGUCCUCAAGGUCCCGCCCAGCAACCCUCUAGCUUGGCAGACUGCACUCAUUGACUCAGAAGUGGACUACAUCCUCAGCGGCGGUGGCGGGGACAAGGGAAGAAAACACGGUGCGAGCGCGCCCGGGGCCGCGCGGCCGCAAGGGCAGCAGCCCCGCGAGUUCCUACGCCGAGGUGGGGGCCGUACGUCCGCCGGCGGCGGUACUGGCGUCCUCAGGGAAGCCGACGGUGGCGGGGAUACGGGGAGCUGUUCCGGGGGUUCCGCGGGAGGCGGCGGGGGCGGCGGGCACCCCCGGCUCGAAAUCGCCCCCGGAGAGGUGUGUCCGGUGUGCCAGGAAGAGAUGGACGAGGGCGGGGGUGAGGGAGAGAAUGACGGCAAGGUGGUUGCGGCGGAGGGUGGCGGCGGGUUGACGUACUGCAGGGACGGCUGCGGGAACAACAUGCACGCCAGGUGCAUGCUGAUGUAUGCAGAGCACCGUCGCUCCAGCGGGGACAAGCCAUGCUGCCCCCUGUGUCGCGCCGAUUGGGGCAUUACGGCCGUUCGAGCCCUGAGGGAAGACGCUCGGCAACAGAGGAAGGGCAAGGGCGGCGGGGGCGGCCGAUCGCCGGACCUCUGUCGGAGGUGCUACGCCAUGAGCGGGGUCCGCGGCACAAGAAGCAGCAGCAGUGGCGGUGCGAUCGCCCCUCCUUGCACCCCCUUCGGGAGACACCGGCAUCCCUUCGUGCAAGGGGAGGCUGCGGCCGAGCCGCCCGAGUGGAAACCCGCCGAGCCGCCCGGCGGCGGUAGGCUAGGAGGUAGCCGCGGCGGCCGCGGCGGCGGGGUAGGCACGGCCAGGAGGGCGGACCCUGUCGCAGCCGCCGGGCUGCUGUCCUUGCAGGCGAGGAGGACUUUCUUGUAG